UCGUCAUUCUUAGAGCAUCUCAAUAACUCAGACUGAGCUCUCAACAACCAGGAACAUUCCGAGAGGAGGAAAAGGCAAAACAAGAGUGCUACCAUGAGUGACAGAAGAUUUGAAGCCAAGCUGGAGGCCCUAGAGUGCCACUUCACUUGGGAUCUGAAUAAGUCCAGACUUGUAAAUCUUAAGGAAAAGCUGGUGGACGUCGGCACCGAGGCGGGAAACCCUUGGCUGGGCCACAUCUACAAUCUGCAGGGGUUCCUUGAGUUCAAGCUGGACUUCACUGAAGACGCUAAGAGUUUGUUCCAGAAGGCUGCAGAGACCUUCAGCCAGAUACGACAUGCAGAUGAGGGCCCCUGGUUGGUGGUGAACUACGGGAACAUGGCCUGGCUGCACCACCACCUCGGAGAACAGGAGGAGAGUCAGAAGUACCUGUCCAAGGUGGAUGACCUGCUUCAAAGAUACCCAUCUCCAUCCCAGGGCCAGCUCCACCCGGAGGUCUACGCUGAGAAAGCCUGGAGCCUGAUGAAGUUCGGCAAGGAGCAGAAGCUGAAGGCCGCAGAAUGCUUCGAGAAAGCCAUCAGCAUGCAGCCGGACAGGGUGGAGUGGAACACCAGCUAUGUUAUAGGGUUAGCGAGCUCCAAAAAACACCAAGUGGCCGACAGCGACCUGCUGGAGAAAAUUAAACUAGCAAAGGAAAAGGAUCCAGACAACUUGUACAUCGCUGCUGUCUACCUUACACGACUUGCCAAGAAAGGGGAAAAAGUGGAGGAUGAAGUGCGUGAGUUAGGAAGGCAGAUCUUAAAGAAUCCGGUCAGCAGCUACAGCGGUAUAAAGCCAUUACUAAGAGUUUACUCUCACCAUGUAUCUGCAGACGAGGCCAUUGACUUGGCAGAGGAGGCUCUGAAUAAACACCCAGAUGAGCGUUAUCUUAAACGGUGCGUUGCACUCUGCUACAAAUGCAGGAUUAUGUUUGUCAGGGAGGGUCGCAAAAGGCCAGGCAUGAUAGACCGAGCAAUCAGUCUCCAUAAGGAGGUGAUUUCUCUUUACCCCAACACUUCCUUCGUCAAGGAAGUCGACCUUGCAAACAUGUACGCAAAGUCCAGUAACGAGAAGGCUAAAGGUGAGCAGAUCUACCAGGAACUGCUCCGCAGGGAUCUGGAGCCUGCAAACAAACAGCUUCUUUACAACAAGUUUGCAAAUUAUUUAAACUUUGAUAAGAAGGAUCGCCGAAAGUCCAUUGAGUUCCACAAGAAGGCCGCUUCGAUACCAGAACAGAGCUUCUAUCGUGAUGAAAGUAUCAGAGUUCUGACGAGAAUAAAAGACACCACAACCUCCUACCGAGGGGCUCAAGAUCUUCAUCAGUUUCUGGCUAAGCUGAAACUGUAGAGUUCUCCAGAAAAACAGAGGUAUCCUAUAGGGAUCUGUAGGAUUAGCCGACUAGAAGAUUAACGUCAGAUAGAUUAUAAAUUGAAAUAACUCUAAAUCAAAUCACAAACAGAGCCGUCCACCACCAGCAGGUACGACCACACAGCUAUAAUGCUCUACAACCCGGACAUUAACAGGAGCAGGGGCCCAUUUCAAUAAGGAAGUUCAACAAACUCAGAGUAACCCUGGGUGAAUCAACCCUCAGAUAAGAAACCCUGAGUUUUCAGUUCCAGGAAAAGCAAAUUUAAUUUAGUUCUAUCAACUCUGAGAUGUCUGAAUAAACUCUGAGUCAGUUAAGUCAACUCAGACUCAGUUAUAUUACCUCUGGGUUAGAUCCAUAAACUCUGGGUUAGUUCAGUCAACUAGGAUUUAAUUUAACUGAAGUCUGACUCAGUUCAACUAAUGCAGAGUUAAUUAAUUCAGCUAUGAGUUGGUUUAAUGAACUCCGAGUAAGUUCAGUCAACUCUUAAUUACAUAAACCAACACUAAAUCAGUUCAGUUAACCAAGAGUUAAAUGAAUCUACUAUUUCAGUUCCAUUAAUUCUGGAUCAGUUAAAUAAAAUCUGAGUUAGUUUAAUCAACUAAGAGUUGGUUGAAUCAGCUGAGUCAGUGAAAUCAACCAAUUGACUCAGUUAAAUCAACUCUGAGUUAGUUAAAUCAACUCAGAGUUAUAUAAAUAAACUUUGACUAACUAACUUUCUUAGUUUAGUCACCUCUGAGUUAAUUCAAUAAACUGAGUUCAACCAACUCGGAGUUAAAUAAAUAAACCCAAUCAUUGGCCAUCAUAAUCAUUGGCCCUAUAUCUAUCAUGAAGAACAUUCAAGAUUUCAACUUCACUACUGAUAAUUCUACCCUCGCCCCCUCCUCUCACAUCCCCAACCUAGGCAUAAUUUUCAACAAUAACCUGUCCUUUCAACAGCACGUCACACAACUUACCAAAACCACCUUUUUUCGCCUUAAAAGCAUAGCCCGUCUCCGCCCACUACUCUACUUCUCUGCUGCUGAAACCUUAAUCCACGCUUUUAUCACCUCCAGACUAGACUAUUGUAAUAGCAUUCUCUACAGUACAUCCUCCAAAGCUCUCAAUAAACUUCAGUAUAUCCAAAACUCUGCUGCACGCCUCCUCACCCAUACUAGAUCCUGUGAUCACAUCACCCCCAUCCUUUAAAAUCUCCAUUGGCUCCCUAUCCCCGACCGAACUCAAUUUAAAAUCCUGCAAAGCCCUUAAUGCUCUGGCCCCACCCUACCUCACUGACCUCCUCCCCAAGAACCAAGCACCGAACCCGGGGGCACAGAGCUUUCUCCAUAGCCGCCCCUUCCCUUUGGAACUCACUCCCAACUCAUAUCCAAACCUGCACGGACCUUCCUACUUUCAAAUCACUCCUCAAAACACACCUCUUUAGACUAGCUUUUAUCUGUGAGUCUGAGCUUCCUUUGUUGCGGUUUUGCUUGUGUUGUCUUUGUCUGUUUUUAUGGUUUGUUUAAUGUGAUUUUAUCUUUUCUGCUUUGUACAGUGUCUUUUAGUUUUAUGAAAAGCGUUUUAUAAAUAAAAAAUAUUAUUAUUAUUAUUUAUUCCAUCAACUCUGAGUCAGUUAAAUAAACUCUGAGAACGUUAAAUCAACUUAGACUCAGUUAUAUUAACUCAGAGUUACAUAAAUCAACUCUAGGUUAGUUCCAUAAACCCUGGGUUAGUUCAGUCAGCUAGGAUUUAAUUAAAUUGAAUCUGAGUUAGUUAAAUCAACUCUGACUUAGUUCCAUCUAGUCAGAGUUAUAUAAAUAAACUUUGGCUAACUAACUUUGUUAGUUUAAUCACCUCUGAGUUAGUUCAAUAAGCUGAGUUCAAUCAACUCCGGGUGUGUUCAGUCAACUCAGAGUCAAAUAAAUAAACUUAGAGUUAAUUCCAUCAACUCUGAGUCAGUUAAAAAACUCUGAGUUAGUCAAUCCAGUUGAAUCACUCAUGUCGUGUUCUGUCCCGUUUCUAUGUGGCGUCCAGACCGCACCAUCUUUUACUGAGUCUGAAUGAUUUACAAAUAUUUUAGAGAUUCGGGCCAGAUUAUGUCCUGAUGGAACCUGUGGAGGGUCCAGAGGCUAAAUCAGAGGAUCACUGAUAUAAAACAGUGAAAAUGGCAGAAAGUAAGUUGGAUAGACAAUUUUAACAAUAGUUAGCCAAUGAAGCUGCUUCCACUGUUGACCCAUGGAAAACGCUGUAAAUAAGGGAAUAUAAUAAAGAACGAGUGCUUUAUUACAGGAUUUAUGCACAUUCAUCUGGAUUGUGAUGAUGUUUUUUCUUUAUGAUCACGUAGCCAAAGAUUCAAAGUUAUUCUUUUUUUAAACAUUGUCAUUAAUGUAAAAGUAAAGAAAUGUGAUUUCUUGUGAGUUUGAUCUCUCUUAAUGCACCUAAACCUGCAUUGACUUGAUUCUUUGCAUUUGUAUUUUGGGUUUAAGGAUUGUGUUGAAGUUUUAUUGAAUUGUGUAUAGUGGUUUGCUUUUGUACAUCACUUUGAGUUGUUUCUGUAACACUAUUUCAGAUGAAUUCCCUACAGGGACAGUAAAGUUUGUCCUCUCAUCGAUAAACCAGCCUCAGUUUGUGACGUCAUUUAAACGUUAUUUUGAUGUUUAGCAGAAUUACACCCAGAUGAAACUGUAUGCAGUGAAGCGUUAUUGUCAUUGUACCGACAAAAAUGGAGUUAAAUAAAAAUCCACUGUUUUAUGAAUGAAAAAGGGAAAAACUGAGGUUUAACGUGGAAACGCUCAGUAUCACUGGAGAACUGCAUUGCUGUUUUUUCUCAGUUAGAUUGAAAUAAAGUUUUAAAUCUUUA